AUGGAGUCGGAACAAAUAGUGCUGAACUACCUGUUUCGACUACUUCGGGGCGUAUUCCCCGCCGACUUUGACGCCGAUUUUGUUCAUAGACUGACCAACGACGUGUUUGCUGUGCUUUUGCGCACGUACUCGUCCGCUAUGAGUGCAUCUCAGUGUCUGGCAUAUUUGGGAGAGUAUCGCUCGAUCUUGACAGAAAAGAGCCCCAACGCGUAUAUUUGGGACAAGCUACAGCAAACAGUGGAAGAUCUUUCUCUACUGAAAAACACAGAUGAGUUGGCCAGAUAUUUAAUCAAAUUAGAUUCCUACGAGAACCAUCAACAAAGACAAAAACCAAACAGACUCGCGCAUUACGACUCUUCGGGAAUCGCUAAUCCUCUUGCAGCCAACACCAGCUUCGCCAAUCCUCGAAAUGUUGUUUCCUCGCCCGGAUUGCCCUCUAGCAACGCGUUUCUUCCCUCGUCUACUUUCGCUCUUCCUUCAAGUCGACCGCCAAGCCAGAGCCUUGGAGUGGGUGAGCCACUAAGCAACCAUUUGAUACCCUUCUACUAUCAAAACGCAGAGUAUGGACUCAUUCCAGAACAGGAAAUAGUGAAAAAUCUCGUUUUUACGUUAAUUGGAUCGACAUCCGAAAUGUUCCCUUUUGAUGACAAAAUCAAGAUUCCAACUAAUAUAAGUCUUGGAACGUCGGGACUGCUACAUCAGAUUUUUGAGCCUGCACUAAUCUAUAAGCAUCUGAAAACUUUGAACCCAAAACUGCUGGCCAACUCCCAAAUCAAGGUUGCAUUUUCGAGUUUUUUGCAACAAGAGCUAUUUAAUUACACAAGCCAGGUUAAUCAGAUCCUCAGUCCUGCUAACCUUGAGCAUCUAACAUUGAGAUACGUGCGCUUACAACUCAGUGAUUGGAUUGUCAAGUUGCGAAUGCUAUACAAUUUGAGCUCGCAGAUCCAAACUCUUCCCGUUAACGGGUUUCUAUCUUAUCUUCACGAACUGAAAAGUCUGGGAGACCCUGUUUUACAAGAACUUGCCACAUCUGUCUACCGAGUCUGUGUUUGGCCGUACUUUGAAAUAUUGAAGGGCUGGAUCUUGGAUGGCAACCUAAACAGAGAAGAUACCAUAAAAGAGAACUUCUUCAUCACGCAAUCAGACACCGGACACAAGCUCCAUACUGAAAGAGUUCCCGUUUUUGUGCGAUCUGCACAAUCAAUCUACCAGAUAGGAAAGUCGCUGUUGUAUCUAAAGAAUCAUUGUGACGAGAUGAAAUGGUGUGUUGGAUUUGCUUCGAAGUAUCAACAGCUGUACGCGCAAAAUGGCGAUUUUCUAGAUAUGGCGCCAAACAAACUCGACAAGCUUCUCCAGCAGCAAUACGAUGAGAUAAUCAACCACUUGUGCUAUGUUCUUUACGACAAGUUUGGAUUGGUGAAGGAAAUCGGAUAUCUGCACCAAUUACUACUCAUGAACAAGGGAGACUUUAUCAACUCGCUAAUCGUGAAGGGGCUUCCUGUUUUAAAUGAGUCGUCAUCUUCAUUGUCGUCACACCACUUAAUGAAGAUCUUACAAGAGUCGAUCGAGAACUCAAGCAUUCGACACCUCCCCGAUGACGUUCUGAGACGGUUGGAUGCUAGGAUUUUGGAGAUGGGUCAUGGCAACAUCGGAUGGGAUGUGUUUACUCUUGACUUCCAGAUCAAAUACCCACUGGACUCUAUUCUUGAUGGAGAGACGCACAACACAAGAGAGUACUUGCGAAUGUUCAAUUUUCUGCUGCGGUUGCAAAAAGUAAAUUAUUUGCUGAAUGUGGAGUGGCUACAGUCCAACAGUAUUCGCCGCGGUUCGUUAAACGACAUCGAGAAACGUAGCAAGCUUGUUCGCCGCCAUCUGAAGCUGGACCCUAACUAUCAUCCAUCCGUACUGGAUUCGCGGUGUCUGUGGCUGUCCAAGACGUUCAAGCGGCUCAAUAUUCUGAGAAACGAGUUUAUCAAGUUUGUGAACAUCAUCACGAGUUUCUUUGAUCUUGAGAUCAUUGAGAAAAAGUAUCGCAAAUUGCUCAAUGCGCUCGCAAAGACCGGCGAGCACGACCUGAAGAUCCAUCGUAACGGCAGGGGACUCCGCACGUUGGAAACCGGCAAGAUCAAGGUGGACAAAGAUUACCUGCCAGAACCGGUCACCACGCUACGCGAUUUGGACUACAAUGCCUACAACCUGGACGAAUUGGUGCGUCUGCACCACGAUUACAUUGUUUCGAUCACACGGUCGCGGCUUUUCGAUGUUCACAGUCCGUCUGCUAGAGGUAAAAAUUCCGGGCUUUUUUAUGUGGAGCAAAUCGACUCGUUCAUCACCACCAUUAACCAAUUCAUCAAUUUGAACGAGGAAUUCAACACUUUGUUGGUGGAUAUGCUUUCUGUGACAGAAUUACUUCGGGAUGACGGUCAUUUGGACCUGGAAAACAAAGACCGGUACGACGAUUACCUGAACUCGAUAGACGUCAAGUUGAACAAGCUAAUGGAGAAACUGACUGUGGAGAUCAUCGAGGCGUUUGAAGACAACCUUGUGAAGUUCACCGAUGACCUGACGCUCGAUCAGGACCAAACAUUGCGGUGCUUGGGCAUCAUGUUGAGUAAUUAG